AUGACGUCUGGUUUCAUCUUUUGGGAUGACGAAGACAACAACAACCUCAACGAAGUGCAAGGCAUCGUACCAUCAGGAGUGUACGACCAGGAUACCCGUAUCGACUACUGCUGCAUGACCGAUGGUGACGUAUCCCAGCCGAUCAGCUUGCCUACUCAGAAUCCUUUCUACCUGUUCCCGUAUAACUCGGAGCAGUGCCAGGCCGUCCAAGGCAUGAAUGCGACUCAGGAGUAUUUUCGAUGGGACGAGCAAGACAGACCAAUAAGUAUUCCAGUCAAAUCUGGAGGAUCCCAUCCGUACCUCACAGUUGAAACUACGCCUGCGUCGCCAAGAGACAACAUUAUACACUACUGUUACUAUGAAUCCAUCGAAUCCUUGAACCGUUGA